AUGGUCAAGGAUACAACAUAUUACGAUAUUCUAGAGGUUCAGGUCACUGCCACCGAGGUAGAAUUGAAGAAAGCAUACAGAAAACAGGCAAUUAAGUGCCAUCCAGACAAAAAUGGAAAUGACCCGGCAGCAGCGGCAAAGUUCCAGGAGUUAGGAGAAGCUUAUGGAAUCUUGCUGAACAAGGAACUGAGAGCUUUGUAUGAUGAGGUUGGAAUCGAAGGCUUGAAAAACGACAAGUUGGCUGAGCAAGCUGAUAUAGACCCUGCCGAGUUCUUCAAAAUGAUCUUUGGAGGUGACAGUUUCGAGGACUGGAUCGGCGAAUUGAGCAUGAUGACUGAAAUGUCAGAAACGGCAGAGAUUUUGGGUGAGGAGGAUGAAACUAGUGAGUUAAAUUCAAAGGUCACUGAUUUGACAGUAACUGAAGGUACCACUUCAAGCACGGUUGCGAGUGAAACUCCAUAUACCGACAUGUCAACUGAAGUCAGCAAGAAGAAAAAGAACAAAAUGAGUCGUGAGCAACAGGAGAAACUCCGUCAACACAUGGAGGAGUCCAAGCUUAAGAAGGAGAAGAGGAUCGAAAAUUUGACCACCAAAUUGACAGCUAAAGUCAAACAGUACCAGGAUUGUGCUGGAAACAAAGAAGCAUUGGAAAGAUUCACUAAUAAUUUGCACACCGAGUUUGAGGACUUGAAGGUGGAAUCUUUUGGAAUUCAACUCUUGCAUCUCAUUGGCAAAGCAUACAAUGAACAUGCCCACGCCACUAUCGCUGCCAGCAAGACCUUUGGAGUGUCUAAGAUCUUCACCAGUGUGAAGUCAAAAUCGAGCAGAGUCAAGGGUGGCUUCCUGAUAUUGAAGACGGCUAUGGAUGCCCAGGUAGCCGCACAGGAAAUGAUGCACGAACAGGUACAACUUGAACAGCUGGGUGCAGAGCUCACCGAAGAGCAGAAGUAUAGACAGAUGGAGGCAGAGCGUGUUAUCACCGGUAAACUUUUGGCCGCCGCGUGGGCGACCACUAAGUUCGAGGUUAAUGGUAUUUUAAGCAAAGUUUCUCGGAAGGUUCUCAAUGAUAAGACACUCAGCAAGAAGGAACGAGUUUCACGUGCCGAGGCACUUGUAUUUAUUGCCAAAAUGAUGUUGAACACCCAACGUUCUCCGGAGGAGGACGAAGAGGCCCGAAUCUUUGAGGAGAUGAUGGCGGAAGCUAGUGCCAAGAAGUCUAAGAGCAGCAAGAACAACCUAUCUGAGCAAGACUAUGAGGCUAUGUUUGGCAAGGAAGAACAAGAGAAAGAACACAAUUGA